AUGUCAUCUGUUUGGACACCUAUUGAUGAAAAAACAUUGUCAACAGCAAUAAUCAAAAAUGAACAUGCCGAUGAUGAUGAUAAUAAUAGUCUUUCAAAUACUAGUGGCACACCAACAUCAUCACCGCCUAAUACAACACAACAUCAGACAUCCUCACCAAGAAAUUCUUGCCAAAUAAACGAACAACAACAACAACAACAGCAGCAGCAGCAAGGAGCAAUAUAUUCCGAACAACCAUCAUCUACUACGUCAACAACAGUAACGAAUAUAAAUACUGUUUCUUCGAAUGAUUUACAACAAGAACAGUAUCCAUCAACAAAUGAAUCGUCUUCCUUUUCUGGUCAAUUUCAACAGCAAGGACAACUACCUUAUACUGAAUCAGUUGCAUAUUACAGCGAGGAAUUAGUCAACGGUGUCAAUCAUCUUCAGCAACAACACCAUCAUUCACAAAAUUACUCUCAUAUACAACAACCAUUGUAUUCGCCACCCGCACCAGGUAAUCGCCACCAGCCAUCGAUUUCGCCGACUCGCUUCACUUUAAAUCAUACUUCUCAAUCCCAAUCCGAGUAUCGCCAUUCAUCCUAUGAUGAAACAAAUCGAUACGUUGCUAGUACUAGCACACGUCGAACAUCGACGUCACCAAUAAAUACUGUCUACACUGAUAGUGUCAAUCCAGGAUGGCACUCGAACGAUAUUCAACAUUAUUACAGUUUACCUACCGCAUAUGCUCCUUCAUCAGCGCCGAAUCUGAAUGAUUUAACUUUUCUUCAACAAUCGCAAUUAGCAAAUAAUACGGAUCAAAUUCAGUUUUGGAAUGAAGCAGCGACUGUUGGUACGUACUUUCAGUGUUUAGAGGAUUAUGAACCGAUUGACGGCCGAGAAUGCGUCAAUUGUGGUGCAAUAUCCACACCGUCAUGGCGUCGAGAUGGUACGGGUCAUUAUUUGUGCAAUGCUUGUGGUUUAAGUCAUAAAAUUAAUGGUUCUAAUCGACCAGUACAACGAUUACCUCGACGCUUGGAUGAUGAAGAUCGUUCUCGAACAUCAGCUAUCGAAAUGGGUCUUCCGGUUAUUGAUCUAGGUUGCUUACCCAAUGUAUCUUCAUUAACAAAUCCGUAUUCUCAUCAUCAUCAUCCGAUCCAUUCAAGUCAAAUGUAUCAUCCAACGACACCACAAACAUCACGUCGAAAUAAUUCAUCAAAAGCAUUGUCAUCAAUGGCACUUUCGAAUUCCGAUUCACAUUAUGCACCAUAUCCAUCGAUGAAACCGGCUACGAACAAUGGUAAUGAUACAGCGAAUUCUCAAUCUCAAUUGCCAUCAUUUCAUCGAACACCAACGGAUGACACAGCUUCGUCGAUUAACAAUGUCUUACUUAAUUCUGCUCACAAACAAGCUUUACCAGGAGCACGUCGUUCUGGUUUACAGUGUGCCAACUGUCAAACACAGAAUACAACUUUAUGGCGACGAAAUAGCGAGGGCGAACCUGUUUGCAAUGCUUGUGGUCUGUAUUAUAAACUUCAUCAAAUUGCUCGCCCAUUGAAUAUGGUCAAGCCAGGUAUCCAGACACGCCGUCGAAAGCAGAAGAGUUGCAGUGGAAAUGGUUCUAGUGGUAAUUCCAAUUCGAAAUCUAAAAGUAAUAAACAUGGUAUUACGUCAACAUCGGGUAAGGAACCAGCAGCAUGCGCAUCGGAACCAUCGCUCGAUUACAAUUUAACUGCCGCACAUCUUGGAAGACCAGGAAAUUAUCAUCAUGAAUAUAAUUCAAUUCGAAGUGAUUUAUUUCCUUCACAUCUUCAGUCUCAUUUGAAUCAACAUAGACACCAUCCAUACUCAGCAGCACCUGAUCAACAUCACCGUUUUUCAUCUCAACAACCGAAUGUUGUCCAAUACCAUCAUCAACAAGCACAACAGCAACAACAACAACAAUCCGAUAUGACACCUGUAGUUUUCGAUGCUGAACUUUGUGCGAGAGAAUUAGUCGCAUCACCACUUUCAUCGACAGGUUCAUCAAUAACAAACAAUGUAACCAAUGGUGAUGAACACCAUUCCACCAUAGUAUCAUCAAUUCCAUCAACGACCACUACAACUGACUGCCAACCGUGA